CCUGCAGAAAUGACAGGAACAAGAGGAUCUUUUUUCUUUGAAAUCACACUCUCACACAACAUGAGAGAAAAACAAUGAACAUAAACAUCUAUAUGCUUUAGUUAUUUUUUGUUACUUUCUUUAUUUUGAUCAUUUCUUUUUUUGAAAUUAUCUUUUUAUUUGGAAAGGCAAAUUCCCAUCACAUACAUUAGUUACAACUUUAGUUAUUCACGUACAUAGAUGGAGAUGGAUACAGAUAUUUUACACGAGAUUGUCCAUAUUGCCUUUCUGAAAAUUUCUUUUACGGACUACUACUUAUUCCAGUUGGGAACCAUAACAAAGUAGAACAGAACUGGGAUGUGCACCACUUCAAGUAAUUAAAACAUCACAUAAAAAGAGGGCAGGUCUACACAGAGCACAAAUACAGUCAAAUGAAAUCAGAUCUAAUUGGUUUUACAUACUCAGUCCAUUUGGUCCAAAUAUUAUAAAAUUUUUCUUUUUCAGCUUUGAGGGAAAAGGAUAUCUUUUCCAUAACAUAAAUCUCAUAAACAAUUUCAAUCCAUUCAUCAAUGGUGGGUGGACCUACUUUUAACCAUUUCCUCGUAACAGAUUUCUUACUGGCUGCCAAUAGUAUCAUAAGCAGUUUUUUUAUCGUUAAUGUUCCAUGUUUCAAACCCUAGAUUACCCAAAUACACAGUUUCACAUUUAAAUGGAAUGUUUACAUUAAAUACAUUGUUUAUGUGUUUAUGGAUCUCUUUCCAGUAAGGUCUUAUUAUCUGGCAGUCCCAAAAAUAUGUAAGUGAUUGGCUCCGUUAGAUCCACAAAGUCUCCAACAGGCAUCUCUGCUGCCUUGUAUCGUUUCUGAAUGGGUGUGAUAAAAAAUCAUGCAAUAUUUUUCCAGCAAAACUCCCGCUAUGUGUUUGACCCGGUUGAUAACCAUUGUAGCUGGCAUAUUUUCCCCAGCUCUCCUGUGUGAUCUUCAUGUUUACUUCUCUUUCUCAUUUCUUCUUUAUGUAUUCUGUAUUUUCUUGUUUAGAUAAUUGUAUAGCAUUAUAUAGUUUGGAGAUAAUUUUGGUGCUUGGUCUGGGUUUAGUUAAUGAUAAAAAUACUUCCAGGUGUUACAUCACAGAAGGGACAGAGACAGAUGUAAAACCAAUAGUGCUGCUUAUUGAUAACAACAGAGCAGUGCAGGUGAGUUAUGGUGAAUAUGUUUGAAGUAUGGAUCUUGCAGAUAGAUAACACAGUCUUUGUCUUGAUUGUAGAAUGGAUAGAGUUUACCGGAGCUGGAGUUUGGAAACACUGGAGACUUGAACACUCACACACAACAGGGAAGCCACAUGAGGGAAGUAGGAGACGUUAAAAAGACAGACACUUUUUCAAGACGAUGGAGAAUGAUUACUCACAGCGGACAAAAAGGCGGAGAAUACAAAACAUUUUGCUGAAUGGGCAACACAGUUUAAUAUUUCUCAUUCUGCAUUAGCAGCUUUACAGAAAAUACUGAGGAGAAAAGGUCUUAACAUUCCAAUGGAUCCAAGAACUUUGCUAUCCACAGAUCAUGAAUGUCAAGUGAAACACAUUGCAGGUGGUUGCUACUACCAUUUUGGUGUUACAGAUGCAUUGAUGACUGAAUUGAAUUCUGCAUGUGACUUGAAUGAACUGAUUGACACUCUUACGCUACAUGUAAAUAUAGAUGGGUUGCCCCUUUCCAGAAGCUCUGCUGUGCAUCUCUGGCCAAUUCUUGGUCGGAUUAAGGAACUUGGGAAUUCAAAUGUAUUUUUAAUUGGACUUUAUUCAGGUACUUCCAAACCAUCUUCAGUGCAUGAGUAUCUAAAAGAAUUUGUUGAUGAAUUGAAAGUUGUCAUACAAGAAGGAUUACAUUUUAAUGGCAAACAUUACAAAAUUGCAGCGCCCGAGGCUUUUAUUUGUGAUGCACCUGAGAGGGCUUUCCUAAAGUGUGUUAUGGGUCACUCAGGCUACAAUGGCUGUGAAUGUUGUAUACAAACAGGUGUAUAUGUCAGUGGUAGAAUGACAUACCCAGACCUUACUGCAGAGCUUAGAACUGACUCACAGUUUGAAGAAAUGGUUGAUGAAGAUCACCACACAGGAGUUUCUCCACUUAAAGAUUUAGGUGUUGGUUUAGUGACAAGCUUUGUUUUAGACUACAUGCACCUUGUGUGUUUAGGUGCUGUAAGAAAGCUUCUGUACCUGUGGAUUAAGGGACCCAUGAAAUGUAGAGUUUCAGCUAGUGUUCUUUCUCUAGUUUCACAACAAAUGGCCUCAUUAAGGUUGAACAUUCCAAAGACCUUCUCCAGGAAACCCAGAUCUCUGUUCGAAGUGGCCAUGUGGAAAGCCACAGAGUUCAGAUUAUUUUUGUUGUAUACUGGACCUAUUGUGUUGCGUAAAAAUGUACCGCAUAAUUUAUACAAACACUUCAUGCUACUAUCUGUAGCGAGGAGAAUUCUUCUCAGCCCAGAUUUAUGUUUGGAAUUUUGUGAAUAUGCAAAUCAAUUGCUACAAGUUUUUGUUGAAAACUCUGCAAAAAUAUAUGGUCCAGAAUUUAUUGUCUAUAAUGUACAUGGUUUAAUUCACCUAGCACAGGAUGCUAGAAAAUGUGGACCUCUUGAUCAAAUUUCCAUUCGAAAACUUAAGUAAAAUAAAAAAGAUGGUAAGAAGGCCAAAACAUCCGGUUCAGCAAGUCGUAAAACGUGUACGCGAGAAACAGAAAGCAAAGGCAAAUAGACAGGAGGAAAGUAUACUGAAUCAUCAUAAAAAACUCCAUUUAUCCGGACCUUGAUGGAUUUGAAGGAUGUAAACAGUACAAAGGAAAAAAAAAAAAAGUUUCUUUCAUGUGGAACAGGUGACAAUUGUUUUGAUUUGACAAGUUGGCCUUGUAAAUAAUAUAUUGUUCAGUUCUUCA